CAAGUCAGCAAAUAUUUACCGAGCAUCUACUAUGUACAAGAUGAACAUCUGCAACAAGCCCUCCAACAAGACAGCUCCAGAGAAGAGUGUGUGGACAGCGCCUGCAGCAGCCAGCGGACCCUCCCCAGAGCUGCAGGGCCCCCGGUCCCGCCGGAAUGGGUGGAGUUGGCCCCCUCACCCGCUCCAGAUUGUGGCCUGGCUGCUGUACCUCUUCUUCGCUGUGAUUGGCUUUGGGAUCCUCGUGCCCCUCCUGCCUCACCACUGGGUGCCUGCGGCCUAUGCUUGCAUGGGCACCAUCUUUGCCGGCCACCUAGUGGUGCACCUGACUGCUGUCUCCAUCGAUCCAGCAGAUGCCAAUGUGCGGGACAAGAGCUACACAGGGCCUCUGCCCAUCUUCAACCGUAGCCAGCACGCACAUGUCAUUGAAGACCUGCACUGCAAUCUGUGUGAUGUGGAUGUAAGCGCUCGCUCCAAACACUGCAGCGCCUGCAACAAGUGCGUGUGCGGCUUCGACCACCACUGCAAGUGGCUCAACAACUGCGUGGGCGAGAGGAAUUACCGGCUCUUUUUACACAGUGUAGCAUCCGCACUGCUGGGUGUGCUGCUCCUCGUGCUGGUCGCCACCUAUGUCUUCGUCGAGUUUUUUGUCAACCCCAUGAGGCUGCGCACCAACUUCCAUUUUGAAGUGCUGAAGAAUCACACAGAUGUGUGGUUUGUGUUCUUGCCUGCUGCCCCCGUCGAAACCCAGGCUCCAGCCAUCCUGGCUUUGGCUGCCCUGCUCAUCCUUCUGGGCCUGCUGUCCACAGCCCUGCUCGGUCAUCUGCUCUGCUUUCACAUAUAUCUCAUGUGGCACAAGCUCACCACCUACGAGUACAUCGUGCAGCAUCGCCCACCACAGGAGGCAAAGGGGGCCCACAGGGAGCUCGAGUCGUGUCCCCCCAAAAUGCGAUCCAUUCAGGAGAUGGAAUUCUACGUGCGGACUUUCAGCCAUGUACGCCCCGAGCCCCCUGGCCAGGCCAGACCCACAGCAGUAAACGUCGACCCCUCCGGGUUCUUUGCCACCAGAGACCACGCGGAGCCUGCACCGCCCUCCUCCCCCGAAGCUUUUGUAUUGCGCCCCCAGAUCCGACCACAGAAAAAGAGGAAGAGGCGUGUGUAUAAAGUGCCGACCUCUGGAAACUUGGACCCCGCGCCCCCACGACCCAGGCUGCCCGGGUCCCGGGCUUCGGGCUGCCCCUCCAGCUCUUCGUCAGAUUCGACCAACGUCAGCCCGGUGCACGCCGCUGGCCCUGCGGGCGCCUACCAUUCAACUUCAGCUGAGUCCAUGGAUGAGAUUCCAGUGGCACAGACGCGCCUGGGCAGCGCCGCCCUGGCUACCCCCGGGGGCAGGACCCGAGAGCUGGGGCUAGCGCUGCAGGCGCAAGCACCCGCCGUUUUCGUGAGCCCAAGCAGCGGCGAGCCCGGGACGCCACAGGCCCUCCAGAACCCCUGUGUAGUGGGAAGCUACCUAGAUUGUCAUCUGUGGGCACACGAGGAACUGAGGCGCUCAAACUCCAGCUGUCUCGGCGGGAGAGAGCAGGUGGCCCUAGUCUACGGGCGUGGCUGCUCCAUCCAUGGCCUGCAGACCCCUGGGACGAUGGCCUGCGACUUGGCUCCACCUGAUCAGUCCAAGAGUACCAAGACUCCAUCCUCCCACAGACAGGAGUGA